AUGGCUUCCAAGCCAACAAAACACUGUUUUGCUACGCCCUCCCCCUACGAAGAGCAAAUUGGAUACUAUCGAGCCGUCCGUCAUGGGAACCAUAUUUUUGUUUCCGGGACAACCUCCGUCGACCUUCUUUCUUCCGUGAACACACCGAGAAUAUUGUUCCCAGGUGACGCCAAGCAGCAAACCCGCACUGCACUUCAAGAAAGCAUCAACGCGAUCCAAGGCCUAGGUGGUAAGGGCGUGGAAGAUAUAGUCCGUGUCAAAAUGUAUGUCGGUUGUCACGAAGAUUGUGCGGCGGUCGGCGAAGGGUUUCGUGAGAUAUUAGGCAAGCAGAACCAAGGAAAAUACGGUCUUGUAGGAGCAGCUGCCACUAUGAUUGUGGUCAACGGUGGUUUCAUCAACAAAGAUAUGCUUGUCGAGGUCGAGGUUGAUGCAAUAGCUGGUUAA